ACUAUUAGUAUAUCCGUUAUCUCUCGCGCACUAUAUGUACACACUCAUAUCACACUCCCAGUAACGUAUCCAUCCUCUCUCUCUCUCUCUCUCUCUCUCUCUCUCUCUCUCUCUCUCUCUCUCAUCAUCGGUUGCAAUUGUUCUUGGAAAUAUGGCAAAUGCGCAGUGUUGUGCCAAUGCUCCAACCCUAAGCUCAACCUGCGGAGCAGGACACGUGGAGGAAUUUGGUGGCCUUAAAAACUAUAUUUCUGGUCCCUCUGAUUCCAAGCUCGCUAUCCUCCUCGUCUCCGAUGUUUUUGGAUACGAGGCUCCAAAUUUGAGGUUGCUUGCUGACAAGUGUGCAGCUGCUGGUUACCUGGUUACCUUGUGGUGGUUCCAGACUUCUUACAUGGAGAUCCCUUUGACAAAAGCAAUCCUAAUAGGACAUUCCAAGCUUGGUGUGAUGCUCAUCCAAUUGUAAUUGAAGUGUCCGGGCCAGCUUACACGCAUCUCGACUAAAUCCUCAGGGAAGACUAACACAACGAUUCACCGCCAUGACCCCCCACUUAAAUUCUGGUUUGCUUACAGGGAAAAUCGAAUCCUGCCAUGACACAGAUUUGCCUUUACCACUGGGGCAACCCAUGGGUAGGUUGUAAAACUCCUCAUGUGAUCUUAUCAUACCUGUGACGCCCUAAUCUCGCCCUUUUUGCAAAUAGACGGUCAAAAUUAAUGCUCUUUCGGUCUCCAGAAAUGCUUGGAGAUGGCCUCGUUUGGCCUCCUUUUAUUAAUCUUUAGAAAAUGUAGCACAAAUGAUAUUGUGCUAAGCCUCUUUGUGGUAAAAUGUUACGUCUCUUUGUGGUGAAUGUUAUGUCAUUUUUUGAUAAAUGUUAUGGAGUGUAUAUCAUAUAUCCAAAAAGGGUUAUUAAUUGUAGUUUGACCUUAGUCACAUAAUACUAUCUUUUUAAUAUUUGAUCCAAUCAUCUAACUUUCUCGGAUCAUUUAUGUGGUUAUUCGUCAGAUUUGCCAUUGGCUGACCAUACCCUAGCAGAAACAGCCCUCCGACCAGCAAUACCCGACCCCAGCGACCUAUGCUAUCGCUGGACCUCCGAUUGUCUUCGCCAAAACUACAGCCAACUUUGUCUACUUUUUUUUUUUUUUUAUAUCUAACACUUUCCGCUAUAAUAUUCUUCAAUUCUUCUUCUCAUUAACUUUAAUUAAAUAAAUAGUCAAUAUUGAUCUCAUAUGAAAGUUAUUGUAAUAUCCUAUGCUAUCGCUAUAAUAUCCAUCCGUCCAUUAUUGUAAUAAAUGGUCAAGAUUUGUUCAAA